AUGAAAAAAAAAAAUGAUAAUACUAAGAAAUCUGUUGCAGACAAGGAAAAAGGUAAUAUAAAGAAUGCAGCUAACGAAAAUGAGAAAACGAAAAAAAAAAGAAAAAAGAAAAAAAUAACAAACGAUAAAAUUGAAAAUGAAAAUAAUGUCGAAAUAACUGAAAAAAAGGAUUUGUUAGACAACACAAAAAUAAAUGUCUAUAACGAAAGUGAUUUUAUGUUAAUAGCUAAAACACUUUCCUACAUAGAGCAACAAAAGUACGAGAUAGUAAAUGGUUUAUUAAAAAAAUAUUAUGAUGCAGAUAAAAGAACACCCUUCUUUUACAUUGACAUAAGUACACACAAGUGUACACGUGACAUGUUUUUCCCAAUGUCUAUAGAAGACAAAACAAUAUUUCAUAAAAAAUCAAACAAGUAUUAUGAAAAUAGUUCCAUAUACUUCUACAAUAUUUUGAAUAAUAAAUGCUUAAACACAAUUUUUUAUUCUUUGAAAGAAUUUUUUAAAGAUCAUUCAAUAGAACAUUUUGAAAACUGUUGUGAAACAAUGCAAUUAACAUACUUAUCUUUUUUUAUUUUGUUAACCAGUUGUUAUUCACUAAGUAAAAACAUAAAAAAAUGUUGCAUUGAAAAUUUAAAAAUUAUUUUCAAGAUAAAAACAUAUCUCUUUGAAAAGUAUAUAAAAUAUACAAAUAAAAACAUAUUAAACAAACUUAUACUGUUAAAUAAGGUAGAAAACGGAAAUACGAAAAAUGCCUUUUUCAUUUAUGAAACAAAGAUAAUAAAUGGCAUAAUAAAUGAUAAGAAAAUAGAGUUCGAGAAUAUGACUAUGCGUAUAAUUUCUUCUAACAAUGUAGACAAACGAUACCUCUUAAGUUUAGUAAUCAAAACAAAAUCGUACGAAUAUAUUCAUGAUUUUCUUUUUCUUGAUUUAUUUAAAAUUCACAUUCUCUCGAGUCCAUGUUUAUCUGCAAUAUCAAGUACACACGAUGUAAGCACUUCCUUUACACAGGUCAGGAACGACCAUACCACCGUUCCCAUUGCACUUUCCAGUGUAGCAAACACCUUUCCCCUUGAAGAAAAAGAAAAUGCGUUUUCUUACGUAUUCGAAAUUGAAGUUCCUGCUGAUAUUUAUACUAAUCAGGAAUUAGAAAUAUUUUAUAUCGACACUUAUAAUAAAGCGAAUUGCGAGAAUUUUUUUCCUGCAGAGGAUUUGUAUCAAUGGGGUAAAAUUGAUUGCUGGAAUGAAGCAAACGGAGAAGUUCCAAAUGGAAAAGUUCCAAACCUAGAAGUGUCAAACGGAAGGAUAGAAAUAAUGGAAAUAUUGCAGGGGGAGAGGGAAGGAGAAAAUAUUGACAAUAGGAUUGUCCAGGGUUUACACAGGAAUGAAAAACAAACUUCCCAGAAUUAUACACAGAAAUGGAAUGAAAAAAAUUGUAACGAAGAAAUCAUAGCUUGUUCAGAGAACAGCGUUAGCAUAAAUGUAGAAAAUGAGUAUAAUGUUAAAAUAAGAAAUAUAUGCACGGGGAAUAAAGAAGCAAGCUUACAUGAGAGUACAAAAACAAAAACAUGUGAUGAAAUAAAUUUAGUGAGAGUACAAAAUGAACAAUUUACAUUAAAUGGUAAGACAUACCUAAAAUUUUAUAGCAGUCGAAUCAGCAAUUAUUACAUCAGUUUGAAUAGUAUACAAAAUUUUCCAUAUCUUCAUUGGGGAAUUAAAUAUUAUCAAAAUAAUGUAGUUAUCACAUUAAAGAGCCAAAGGAAUAAAGAAUUUAUUUUUCAUAUUAAUAAUGACGGUAUAGAAUUACAAGACAAUGGAAUAGGUGUUCUAAAUGAUCUCUAUAAUUGCACGUUAGAUGUAUAUACCUUAUUAUUUUUAAUGAAGAAAAAAGGAAUUAACUUUUUUUUUACAAGUGUAGAAAUGGAGAAAAUGCAAAAACAGUACAAUUAUAAUUUGAAUAAUGACAAAAACGCACAACUUUUAAUUAAUGAUAUUUUAUUAUGCUUUCGAUUUAUGACCUUUUAUUCAUCGCACGUCAGUUCUACGAAUAAGAUCGAUGAGGGAAAUUUGGAAAAUAAAACCAAUUUAAAGAAAAUUGUUCAUGUUCAUAUGAUGGGAAACGAAGGGGAGUUGAAGAUUCCACUUAAUGAUUCCCUAUAUGUGGAAUAUAUGGAUAAUUUUUGUAGAAUUGUCAAAAUAGAAACGGAAGAAAACGAAAUAAGAUUCACGAAAAACUUGACAAAACAUAAAUCCAUUCUGUUUUGCCUAUUUGAGUUAUGUCAGUUAAUUAAUUUAAAUAAUAAUAAGGAAAAGACAAAGGUAACAGAAAACAAUAUGGACGAAAAUAAUGAUGAUGAUAACAAAAAUGACGUAAUGAAUUUUCAAAAUUUCUUAAUAAAUAUUUUUACACGUAAUAAUAUUGAAAAAAUUAAAGAAGUAAUGAACGAUGGGGAUAACUUAAAAAAAAAUUCUUUACAAGUAUAUUAUGACGGAGCCUUUUCCGAAAAUGAAUACAACAAUUUCCUUGAGUUCACUCCAAUAGUGCAUAAUUUACAACUCUUUUUGGAGAUAACCAGGAUUGUAUCAAUUACUCGAAUUUAA